AGAGGACUUGGAGCUGGUCCUCGCCUUGAGGAAGCAGUGGCUUGUUUUCAAGUAGCCACUUCUGAUUUGAGGAUCUACCCAGCAUGCCUAAUCAAGGAGAAGAUUGCUAUUUCUUUUUCUAUUCUACAUGUACCAAAGGUGACAGCUGUCCGUUCCGUCACUGUGAAGCUGCACUAGGAAAUGAAACUGUUUGCACAUUAUGGCAAGAAGGACGCUGUUUUCGACAAGUGUGCAGAUUUCGGCACAUGGAAAUUGAUAAAAAACGCAGUGAGAUUCCUUGUUACUGGGAAAAUCAGCCAAUGGGAUGUCAAAAACUAAACUGUGCUUUCCAUCACAACAGAGGACGCUAUGUUGAUGGACUUUUCCUACCUCCGAGCAAAACUGUGUUGCCCACUGUGCCUGAGUCAACAGAAGAGGAAGUGAAGUCUAGCCAGCUCACAGUUCAACAGAGCAAAUUGUCUGUCCAGUCGAAUCCCUCCCCCCAGCUGCGAAGUGUUAUGAAAGUGGAAAGCUCGGAAAAUGUUCCUAGCCCCACACAUCCACCAGUUGUUAUCAAUGCUGCAGAUGAUGAUGAAGACGAUGAUGAUCAGUUUUCUGAGGAAGGUGAUGAAUCCAAAGCGCCUCUCCUGCAACCACCACCUGAAGUUCAUAAUGGAUUACGGGUGACGUCUGCCUGGAAACCUGGAGUCAGCUUAAAGCAAGGUGAAUGUUUGGAUUUUGGAAUAAAAACUCUUGAGGAAAUUAAGUCAAAGAAAAUGAAAGAAAAAUCCAAGAAGCAAGGUGAAGGUUCUUCUGGAGCUUCCAGUGACUUACACCAACCUCAGCCUAUUCCAAGUCCAGAAAAAGAGAAUGUUCGGACCGUGGUGAGGACAGUAACUCUUUCUAAGAAACAAGGAGAAGAGCCCUUGGUAAGACUGAGUCUAACUGAAAGACUAGGGAAACGAAAACUUCCUGUAGGAAGUGACAGUGAUCCUCCACUGAAGCGCAGCCUUGCACAAAGGCUGGGGAAGAAAAUCGAAGCUCCUGAAACUAACCCUGACAAAGCAGCCAAGAGAGUUCAAGUUUCCAAGUCUCUAAAGGAACGAUUAGACUUGUCAGCUAUUUCAAACAAUGAGGAAGUAACAGAGAGAGUUACUAAAGUGGGUGAGAUCCACGUGAAGACAUUAGAAGAAAUUCUUCUGGAAAGAGCCAGUCAGAAGCGUGGAGAACUUCAUACUAAAAUCAAAACUGAAGGGCCUACAAAAGUUGAUGACCCUCUUUCAGGAACAAGGAGUUCCUCCACCAUCCGAAUCAAAACCUUCUCUGAGGUCCUGGCUGAAAAGAAACAUCGGCAACAGGAAGUAGAGAGACAAAAAAGCAAAAAGGAUGUAGCCUGCACUAAGCUAAAGGCUGACAAUGAAACUAAAAAAACAGGAGUGUUGCCACCAGUAGCUGCCAGCAAAGGACAAUCAGAGGAGCCUGCCAGUAGAACAAAGUCUAUCCAGGAGGUGCAUAUCAAGACUCUGGAGGAGAUUAAGCUGGAGAAGGCACUGAGGGUGCAGCAGAGCUCCGAGAGCAGUGCCAGCUCUCAGCCACAGCCUGAGGCUACCCCGGGAACCAGGCGACUUCUCCGAAUCACAAAAAAAACAGGUACAAAAGAAGAGGAGAAACUUGCGGAAGGAAAUGAAAUUACUUCUCAGAGCAGUGUUACAAGAGUGGAGGCUAAAGAGGCUUCAGAUGACAUCACAGGAGUUGUCAUCACCAAUACUACUCAAGUCAAAAGAUGUGAGACCAUGAAAGAGAGACAAAUGCAGAAAAUACCGGAGAGGAUCACCUCCCAGAAGGAAAAAUCAGUUUUGACACCCCUUCAGGAAGAUGUAGACUCUUGCAACACCCCAACCACAGAGAAAUCAGUGCUCUCGACUACACCAGGCAGCACGUGGCACCCAACCAAGCAACUUCCUGCAAAGUCAUCUCAGAAGGCAGAAGUGGAAAUCUCAGGGACUGGAGACUCAGUAGUGAAUAUAAAAUGUGCAGCACAGACCUUGGAAAAAAAGGGUAAAACUAAACCUAAAGUGAAUGUGAAGCCAUCUGUGGUUAAAGUUGUCUCACCCCCCAAGUUGGCCCCCAAACGCAAAGCCGCAGAGAUGUGCCCUGCUGUAGUUGCAGCUGUGAAGCCUCUUGGCUCCAGCAGUGAUCUGCAGGAAAGCCCGGCCAAAAAAGCAGCUGUGGCUGUUGUUCCCCACCUCUCUGAGGAAAUGUCAGUUUCUCUGCCUGAAACAGAAAAACCUAAAGACAGUCCUGUGCUGUCUCCAAUUCAGUCCUCUUCCGUUUCCUCCCCAUCGGAAGUAUCUGGCCCUUCCUCAUCCCAAAUGGCCACGAAAACCCGCCGCCUCAGUUCUGCCUCAACAGGAAAGCCCCCACUCUCUGUGGAAGAUGAUUUUGAGAAACUGAUAUGGGAGAUUUCAGGAGGCAAAUUAGAGGCUGAAAUUGACCUGGAUCCUGGAAAGGAUGAAGAUGACCUUUUGCUUGAGCUAUCAGAAAUGAUUGAUAGCUGAAGAUGGCAGUAGGGCAUUUCAAACACAAUGAAAAAAAGAAAAAAAAAAGCUCACCAAAAAACUGGACUUAAUUUCAUCUAUUAUAACAUUUACCCAAGAUGAUCAUUUUAGUUUAGAAUUUACCCCAACCUGAAGUAUACCUCUGAAUUUUCUGUAUGUGUCCUGGAUUCCUUGGGAAUCGGAUUUUUAAAGUACUUUGAUAACCGUUUUGUCCAUUUGAUGCCAUUGUUUAGCAUCUUCGAGAAAAAAACUGUCUUACCCCUCUUGCUACAAAAAGACGAGAGGGAAAUCCAAGUGGAAGUGUGCAAGAGAAUUUAAUGACUCCUUGAGGUGUUCGUCAAUUUUGUCUUUUCCCCGUUUGUUAUAUUAUUUCUUUUAUGUAUUGUCUUAAUGUAUUUAAUAUUGCCUGAGUUUGAAACGAAUGAAGACAGCUGCUACCAUUAAGGACCAAAUUCCAUGCUACCACUUAAAAAAAAAAAAUCACUCAGUGUGUGUUCAAAGUGUAUGUCUUUUUAAAGGUAUUUGGAUAUUUGACUAAGCUUUAGAGAGGGUUGAGCAGCUCAGGAAAUCUGUGACCUGGGCAUAACUUUCUAGAUGGGGUUUUCAUGCUCUUGCUGCUCUCUGAUGCCUCUGAAGCGCAACAGCUAAUUUACUGUUACUGUCAUUUUCUAAGGCUUUAAAGUGCCUCGGGGGUCCUCUGAAACUAACUUUCUAUUUCUGGGACUCCCUGGAUUCUUAAGAGAUGGUGACAUCUUAACUAGAGGAAUUUGUAUGAAAGUUGUCCCUUCUCUUUAAUACUUGCCUCCUACUAACAUUGAGUUAUAUCACAGGGAUAAAAAUGUUUGGUUUUUUUUUUUUUUUUAAUUUCUAAUGCAAACUCCUCUUGCCUCGUAUUUAUUUGUCACCCUUUAAUCACCUGAGAGGGGAAAGAGAACUCAUCCUUCUUGCUGCCAGUAUUUACAGACUGGCAGUACUGAGUUGUACCAUUAGAGGGAAAUCUUGAGAUGCUCUGGGGGUGUAUUGCAUACCUUCCAGUUUCCUUCAUGUCGGAACUGCGUUUUCUUUUCUUGAUGUUGGUCACCUUCAUUAUCACCUCAAGGUUUAGAUUUGUGAAGGGACAAAUAUAAUGGGGAUAACAGUCUUGAAAGGAGACACUGUACAUAUCAAAAGAAAGAGGAAAGAAGGACUUAAUCCAUUUUGAUACUUUGCUCUGGGUGGCCAGUUUUGUUUCUCAUAGGGAAAUCUGAUCCACCUGCAUGUUGGCUCCUAAGGAACUGCUGAUGUUAGCGGCUCAUCAAGAGUUGAACUUCAUGUAGCCUUGUUGGGAAUACGGAAAAGGAAGAAAGCCACAGGACUGACUUAUUUAGUCUUGGGAAGAUCUGGAUGAUUCUGCACAAGCAAAAAUGACUUGAAAUUCAUGUAUAGACGCCUCUCUAGCCAUCCAUCUUCAGCUGACUGAAUGUUGUAUAGUAGCCCUUCUCCAAAGCAGGGGUGGAAUGUUCUGGUUUCACCACAGGUUUUUCUACUCAUUUCAUUUUUGGAAUUGGCUUAUAAAUUCCAGGUUCCUGUUUGUAUAUAAUCUUUAUUCUUUUGCUUUUUUUUUUUUUUAAAAAAAAGUGAUUUUGUUUGUUUCAUAUUUAAAGCCCUUGUACUAGUCAAUGAUUUGUGUUCAGCAUUAUUUGAACCAUUUGCCAUUACAGGAAGUGAAAUACUCACACGUGUUUUAAAUAAAACUGGCAUAGG